AUGCUUCGCCGUAGCAGUGCCGCGCUUAUCCGACGCACACCUGUCCGUCAUAGCGGCGGGGAGUUGUUUGUUCGGCCCAAACUUGAAGAAAUUCCCCCAGCCGAUCAGUGCAGGGGAUUUUUUGGUCCACUGAAUGACUCCCUUAAGUUUCUACGACUAUUGGACAUCAAGUGGAUGAUGAACCGCGCGGUGGCUAUGCGCCGUGAGUAUCUUAUCGCGACACCCACACUUUUUACGUUUAUUUGGAUGUUCACGUGGAAGGGUGCAGUUAUAUACUUUUGGGGUGAUCGUGCGCCCCCGCGUCGUAUGGAUUGGAACACAGAGGAGACAGGUCGCUUGCCGUUGGGGUUUAAGCCAACGCCCGCUCCGUUGUGA